UUAAGUUAGCUACAACUGAAGGGGGAUUUAUUUGAUUUUUGUCAUGUGAUGUCUCAAGUAAAAAUCUUUUCAUAUAUAUAGCUAUUAAAAUAGUUCAUCAAGGGGACUAGAACCAGAAAGAUAAUGGGACCCAACUAUUCAUAUCUUGUUGCUGUUCGGAUGAAUUGGCUAUACCAGAAGACAGACCAUUAAAUGUCAGUGCUACAUAAAACUAUAUCAAAAAGAUGAGACAGCCAAACUAGGCUACAUGUGCUCUCACCCUUCAUUUAAGAAUAGAAAUGGAUGAGACCUUGGGACAUAUGAAGGUCAUUCUCCUGCUACUCUGGAUUUGGGUGUUUUCCUUUUUGCUUACCUGGCCCCACAGUGGUCACAGCCAAUACUUCAAUCCUCCAGAAGUGGUAAAACUCUUAAGGAUAAUUGGCACUUCUAGAGGCACGAAGGCUACAAACUGGGUCUCUUAUAGCCUACAUCUUAAUGGCCGGAGACACAUUAUCCACAUGAAGGUAAAGAAGCUUUUAAUGGACAAACACCUCUCUGUGUUCACCUACUCAGACCAGGGUGCUCUCCAAGAGGACCAAACUUUUAUUCCAAACAAUUGCUACUAUCAUGGGUAUGUCGAAGGUGAUCCCACGUCUUUAGUUGCUCUUAGCACCUGUUUUGGUGGUUUUCGAGGAAUGCUACACAUAAAUAACACAUCUUAUGAAAUCAAGCCCCAAAAUCAUUCUAUCACAUUUGAACAUUUGGCAUAUAAGAUGUACCCUGAGGAGACCAAAUCACAGCCCUUUAGAUGUAGACUAAGAGAAGAAGACACAGAAAAGGGAUGGCAAAUGAAACUUAAAGAGAAUAAUCAUUCUGCUCUUAGGCAAAGUUCCUAUAAAGGGUGGUAUGUCCACCAGUGGUAUAGUGAAGUUGGUUUUGUGGUAGACAAGGGACGAUUCCUUUUUAGACAAAGUAAUGUCUCACAAGUUAAUAUGGAUAUAAUAUCAUGUGUAAAUUUAGUAGAUUCCUAUUUUAAAACAAUGGGUGUUAAUAUAGUAAUCAUGGCAGUUGAGAUCUGGACUGACCAAAACCCCAUUUCAGCAAACAAUAUAGAAGAGAUGCGAGAAUCAUUUUGUUCAUGGAAAAACCGAGGCUUUCAUCAACGUGUGCCUAAUGACGCUACAAAUCUUGUCUUUAAACAAGAUAUUUGUGGUAACUCUAUUUGCAGUGCAACUCAGAUGGGGAUAUGUUCUGCAGUUAAGAAUUGCGGAGUGGAGUGUCAUACGGAUGACAACCUGCUUCAGUUUGCAACAACUACAGCUCAUGUGCUCGGUCACCUUAUGGGUUUCACACAUACCUCUCAGUAUUGUGCAUGUGGGGAAGACAGAUGCAUCAUGGACAGUAGUGUCCAGAUUGCACAUGCGUUCAGCAACUGCAGUUAUGCCGCACUUAUGCAGACUGUUCUGGCAAGUGGAAAGUGUAUGUACAAUAAACCUCAGAAGACAUUCAAAUACACAUUCUGUGGGAAUAAUGUGGUUGAAGAGGGAGAAGUUUGUGAUUGUGGUACCACCAAAUCAUGUGCAAAUGACUCAUGUUGUUUAGAAAACUGUGUUCUGAGUCAAGGUUCUGUUUGUGCUUCGGGGCUUUGCUGCAAAGGCUGCCAAUUCCAAGCAUCUGGCACAGUAUGUAGAGAACAGGUCAAUGAAUGUGAUCUGCCAGAGUGGUGUGAUGGAAAUUCAGCUCUGUGUCCAGAAGAUGUGUAUGUGGAAGAUGGGCUUCCUUGCCUGGGCAAGGGCUUCUGCUAUGAAAGGCGAUGUAAUAACCGCAAUUACCAAUGUAAGGCAAUAUUUGGUGAGGAUGCCAAGAAUGCACAGUUGGGUUGCUAUGAAGAAAUGAACAUGCGAGGUGACCGCUUUGGUCACUGUCGUAGAGGAAAACAGACAUACAUAGCAUGCAAUGACUCAGAUUAUCUGUGUGGUAGAAUUCAGUGUGAUAAUGUACCAAAACUUCCCGAGUUGAGGGAUCAUGACACUCUCAUUUGGACUCAUUUGAAUCCUCUGACCUGCUGGAGUAUUGACUACCAUUUUGGGAUGAGCACACCUGACAUUGGGGCAGUGUAUAACGGUACAGAGUGUGGUGCUGGAAAGUUUUGCAUCGAAGGGAAGUGUAUUUCGAUACCUAUUUGGAUUAAUGCUUGUUUACCUGAUGCCUGCCAUGGGAGAGGCAUCUGCAACAAUAAACAUCACUGCCACUGCGACUAUGACUGGGCCCCUCCCACCUGUGAGGUCGGCGGCGAUGGAGGUAGCGUUGACAGUGGCCCACCUCCGGCGAAAAAAAGGACCUAUGCUUUCAAUGUGUUGCAGAAAAAGGGUCCUCAACUAGUGCUUUUUACUAGCAUUUUGGCUUUGAUUUUGUUUUUAUUAAUUUUGCUUUUGCUUUUACACAAAAAGCUACGAAAGAAAGAUGAGGAAAAUGUUCCAGCUCCACCUGAGGCAGAAAAACAAGCUCCACCGGAGGAAGCAGGGCAAAAAGUCCAAGCUCCACCCGGGGAAGCAGGGCAGAAUGUUCAAGCUACAUCUGGGGAAGCAGCACAAAAUGUCCAAGCUCCACCCGGGGAAACAGCACAAAAUGUCCAAGCUCCACCCGGGGAAGCAAGGAAAAAAGCCAGCUCUCCAGCCGGGGGAGCAACCCCAAAGGUUCAAUAAACAGAAGAAAUAAUGGCACAAAAUUACAAUUUUCAAAAAUAAAUUA